AUGCCACACAAACCAGACUCUGUUCUCGCAUUCUUCAGCAGCCAUAGAUUCACCGAAACCCAGAUCUCAGUUCUCAUCAGAAGACACCCUCGGGUACUCUUAUCCGAUCCCGAGGAAACCCUUUUUCCCAAAAUCAUAUUUUUCCACUCUAAAGGUGUUUCAACCGAAGACAUUGCCAAAAUAUUGACUGCAAAACCAACUAUUUUGCGCAGAAGUUUGGAAAAUCAUAUAAUACCAUCGUACAAUGUCUUAAAUAAAUUGCUUAAGUCUGAAGAAAAAACAAUUGCAUCUAUUAAACGCAAUGCUGACCUUUUGUUGCAAGAUCUUCACAUAUGUGUGGCACCCAAUAUUGAAGCUCUGAGAGAAUCAGGUGUGCCCGAAUCGAAUAUUGUGACACUCCUUACGAAUCAUCCCAGAGUUUUCAUGACUAGUACUGUUAGGUUUAAGGAGAGUGUGGAGGAAGUAAAGAAAAUGGGUUUCAACCCUGUCACGGUGAAUUUUGCUUUAGCGAUUCGGACACUGAGGCAAAUGAGUAAAUCAACUUGGGAGAAGAAGGUGGAGGUUUACAUGAAGUGGGGUUUGUCUGAGGAUGAGAUUUUAGUGGCUUUUAGGAGCAUCCAUCUUGUAUGA